CUGGAUCCUGCAGAUUCAACUUUAACCCAGAUAUCGCAAUCGGUUUACUAGGCUGACCAUGGCCUUCUCACCUUCUGGGUGCGCAUCAAAUGAAUGAAGCCAAAGGAUUUGAAAAACAAGGGUUUGCCUCUGCUGGCCUACCUUUGCUGGUUCCUUACCUACUUUGCUGGUUCCUUGCCCCAAGACUGAGCACUGCUGUUGGAUCAAACGUAACUCUAAGACUUCCUGAAAGAUCUUCCUGCAAACCAGGGUUUUACUACCCAGAGGGAGGUGAGGGUCCAGUUCCAUAUCCCAGAGGAACAUUUGGACCAAGUUUUUGGGCCACGUCCAUAAAUGACUGUAUCAGCUGCCCACCACAUCACUAUGGACCUAGAGAAGCCUUGGGCAAUUGCCUGCCCUGUGGACCCUGGUCACAGCAGCCUCUGCCUGGACAAGACAACUGUACAUGUUUGCAAGAGGGUCAAGUCUUUCAGGCCAGUGACGGACAGUGUCCAUGUACUUUGGGAUACACACAGAAAGGAGAAGACUGUGUGUUGAAGGUCUAUGAGAUCUGCAAGGAUGGAAGAGCACGUAACCAGCAUGGAGAAUGUCUGGACCACAAGCAGUGGAAACAGUAUUGCUCUCAGCAGGUAUGUCCAUCUCCUGAGAUGUAUGAGGGUUAUGAUGGUUCCCUGGGCCUGUGUGCUUGCAGAGGGCUGUCCAGGCCUGAGCCAGACAGGGUCGAGUGUGUGGGCUGGUGCCGGAGCAUCCUGAGUCCAGUUCUGCAGCUGGUUUGCACUGGAAGCCUUUACCUGCUCUACACUAGAGUCUAAUCAACAGGUCAGGCCUA